AGAUACUCUCUAUCAUUCCCCCAAAACCUAUCGGUCGAUUCAAAUCUGUUUGCAAACGAUGGCACGGUCUUUUGAGCGACAAGAAGUUCAUCAAGAAACAUUUGGCUCGCGCCCGUCCACACUUUGUCUUGCUUUCUGAAUGAUCCAAGUUUUGUUCGGUCGAAGUUAAUCUCGACGAUCCGUCUAUAAAAGUGCAUAACAUACCCUCCGAUAUUCCCGGUUUCGAACAUCAAAACUCCCUUAACAACCUAAGUAUUUUAUUGAAAGCUUUGAUUUUUCGAUAGAGAGUCUCAAACCUUAUUGUACCUUACCUGGUAAAAAUUAUAUACGCGAUACUGUAAUUCUCGCGGUUGUUAAGGAAGAUCGGUUUUCCUUUUUAGAGCAAGACUGUGAGACAAGGAAAAUGGCGAUUUGGGUGACAAAAAAAAAGAUAAAAAAUGGGGAUGGGGAGGGUGUGGAGUGGAUGAAGUUCAUGAAUGUGUCAGUUCCUACAUGGUCGAGUUUAAUAGUGUAUGGUUAUAAACCAAGUUAUUACAUGGACGAGAAAAUUCACAGUCUCGUGCUGUGUAGCCUUAAUGAGAAGCUUAACACUUGCAUCUAUAUUGCAAAGGGAGAUAAGUUCCAUGAAAUUGAAAUAAAGGACUUGGUUGGGUAUGAAACUCGUCAUCAUGCAUAUAUUCUAAGUUUGGUCCCAGUUCCUAACGAUGAUGUUAACCAACAUGUCGGGUCAUCAUACUUUGCACUCCCCAAGGGAACAAAAGCCAACGAUGGAGCUGGAGAAAACGAGUGGGACGAUGGCUUCUUCGACAGUGUGAAGAAAAUAAGUAUAGGAAGAAGUCAUUUGGGCGUAGUAUUCGUCAGAUUUGAGUACACGAACGACAACGUUGUUGUAGCCGGAGCUGCUCAUGGAGAUGAUGCUACCUACACUUAAGACGGCGAUGUUAGCUUUUAAACCAUAUAUAUAGUCUCUCUUUUGCACUAGACCGAAGUAAGCAAAGACACAAUGAAACCAACUCGAUCCAAUUGCUAACCAAAAGACUACUAUAAUAUUCUUUAUUAUUUUAACUCACAAACUAGAUUUUAUUAUACGGCUUCUUUUGUAUAGCUUCUGAUCGAUGAUGAAAACUACAUUGAAGCCGUCGAGGGGACCUACGAGAGCCAUAUUACCUCCCUCAAGUUCUGUUUGCGCAAGUUAGGUACAUCGCGCUAGUAUGGAAGUCGAAAUGAAACACUUUUCGUUCUCGGAGGAGGAGAAAGCUCGAAGAUCAUCGGCUUUUACGGAAGAAACUCUGAUGUCCAGGAUGUUAAAGAGAAACUGUAACUCAAUUAAAAUCCAAUUACAAACACCAAAUUGAAUCUUCGUUCAUGAAAUGAGAAUCCAAAAUUUCAUGUGAUAGAGUUUAGAAGAAAAAUCAGCUCUAACAACAAUGAAAUAACAAACCCUAAGAAUUACAGAGAGAAUUGAGGAAGAAGAUGAUUAUACUUUCAAUAUUUUUUUGGUUAGUUCUGCAAAUGUCCUUCGCUCCUCCCUUACCAUGUGCAUCGGUCAAGGACAAUUUUUGGUCCUUCAAAUAUUUUAUUCUUAUUUUGAUAGUUUCUUAAGAUUAUUAUGAGCAUUGGUGUAGGAUCAUCAGCUGAAGUCUCUCUCUUUCUGAAAACU